AUGUCCUCGUUCCAGUCGCUCAAGGGCAAGCGGGACGCGCGGACAGCAAGCAGCCGGCACGGCGUGGGCGCUACCGCUGCACCCGCUGGCGCUGGUGCCCCCGCUACGACCGCGCCGGCCGGAGCUGAGCUCGCGCCUUCCGCGGUGUCGGCUGCCCCCUCGGCACCUGCCGACGUCGAGAUGGCGACUGAGGAGCCCAAGGCCGCCGCUGCUACUGCCCCUCCCGCCUCAGGAUCUCUCGACGCCUCGGCGUACCCCGACCUCGAGCCACCCCUCGCCAUCCGCUCGACGCCGGACCGCGGGCGCGGGCUCUUCGCCACGACGGCAGUGAUCACAGCUGGCCACGCCGUGCGCAAGGACUGGUCGGGCACCACGCUGCUGAGCACGACGCCCCGCGUCGCCGUGCUCUCCCUCGCGCACCUCCAGACGCGCUGCUCAAACUGCUUCAAGGAGACCAAGAUGUCGCGCUGCGCAAAGUGCAAGGCGCUGCACUACUGCUCUGCGGCGUGCCAGCGCGCCGACUGGCCCGCGCACAAGCCCGAGUGCGCCGCCCUCGACCGUAUCCGCGGCAUGUGGGCACGGACCUUCCCCGACAAGGCGAAGAACGGGCGCGACAACUCGUGGGUCGUGAGCGAUGCCGGGCGCGCCGUGGCGCGUAUGUGCUGGGCGCGCAAGGCGGCGAGGGAUGCCACUGGGCGGGAUCCGGACUGGUGGGCUGGUGUCGCCGCUAUGGAAUCGCACGCCAAGACGCUCGACGAAGCCGCGACGAUGAAGCUCGCAGGGCAGGUUCAGCAUAUCAGGCACUACCUCAACGCAGCUGUGCCGUCUGCCAACCCCGACGUGCUCGAGCCGGCCGACAUGGCCGACUUUGGGUUCAAGAGCGCCUCGGAGCUGCUCGACAUGUGCUCGGCGUUCUCCGUCAACUCAUUCACGCUCUCGGCGCCAGACCUGACGCCGAUUGGCGUCGCCACGUCGCCCGUCUGCGCGCUAUUCAACCACUCGUGUGAGCCGAACGCCGUCGUCGUCUUCCCCCGCGGCGGCAAGGACAUGCAGGUCGUUGCUAUUAGCGACAUUCGCCCCGGCGAAGAGGUCCUCACGUCCUACAUCGACGUGUCGCUGCCGUAUGCCGAGCGCCAGAAGGACCUGUCGGAGCGGUACGGGUUUGACUGCAAGUGCUCGCUGUGCGAGCAGAACGCCGACCUGGCGUGGGUUGACCCCCGGUGGAGCGUGCUGCAUCCUGGGUGCAAGGAGGAUGGGCGGGGCCGCAUGCCUGACUUGCGCCACGACGGCGAAGCGACGGUGAAGUGUGCCGCCUGCGGCGACACCUUCGGCAUCAACGUGCCUGCGCUGCGUGUCCUUAUCGAGCGAGGAAAGGCAACACUCGCAAAGGAUGAGGCUGGAGGAUUAGACUACGCCACUGCCGGCCCCGAGCUGUCGCCCAUCAUCACUGCUCUGCAGAAGCUCGUCCCUAGCUCGACCUACCCCCUUCUACCCCUGCUCCGCCUCCAAGUCCUGACUCUCACACCGCCGACCGAGCUCUCCGUGUGGGAGUUUGCGAUUGGCCAGCUCCGCACCGCCAUCAGCGGCGCGCGCGAAGCUCACCCUGCCAACCACCCCACCAUCGCCGUCAUGAUGGCCGAGCUGGCCAAGCUGCUGUCCAUGGACACCGACCAGCUCGGCCAGACAGGUAUCACGCCGGUGCGCCAAGCGGGCCAGCAGCAGGUUAUUGAGCGCGUCGGCCGACUACUCGACGCCGUCCGCGCCCUGCGCGAGGCAGUGGCGGCGUGCAAGGCGGCUUUCGGCCGAGGCGGGGGCGACGUCGGCGCCGAGAUGGGCAAGCUGCUACUUCAGUGCGAGGAGGAGCUCGAGAUGCUUCGCCGGCGAUAG